UUAUUAAUUUGUCAAAGGUUGUUUUGGUAGGCUUUGUAGAACUUCCGUAUCUCUUUGUCUUGAUCCAGAUGAACCCCAAAAGAAGAACAAAGGUGAUCCCAUGAACAAGCUGGAAAGUUUUUACCAAGAGAUGAUAAUGAAAAAGCGUCUUGAAGAGUUCCAACUAAUGAGAGGUGAACCCUUUGCUUCCCACUCACUGGUCUCAGCUACAUCAGUGGGAGAUAGUGGCACAGCUGAGAACCCGUCAUUACUCCAGGACAAGGGAAAACAGGCAGCACAGGGUAAAGGUCCCAGUCUCCAUGUGGCAAAAGUUAUUGAUAAUUCACCUGAGCAGUGUUGGACUGGGCCUAAGAAGCUGACGCAGCCAAUAGAAUUUGUCCCAGAAGAUGAGAUCCAGAGAAAUCGUUUGUCAGAGGAAGAGAUCCGAAAAAUUCCUAUGUUUUCUUCAUAUAAUCCAGGGGAGCCAAACAAGGUGUUAUACCUGAAGAACCUUAGCCCUCGGGUGACUGAAAGAGAUCUUGUCUCAUUAUUCGCUCGGUUCCAGGAAAAGAAAGGACCUCCAAUUCAAUUCCGAAUGAUGACUGGACGAAUGAGGGGGCAGGCUUUUAUCACUUUUCCCAAUACAGAAAUAGCAUGGCAAGCAUUGCGUCUAGUAAAUGGAUAUAAGCUACGUGGGAAAAUAUUGGUGAUAGAAUUUGGAAAGAACAAAAAGCAAUGGCCAGAUCUCCAGGCUGCUUCUCUAAUAUCAUCUACUACAGAUAAUACUACUGAAAUCAGUGGCAGUUAGAAGAUACAAAAAUUGUGAGUCCCAGGAGGUCUUUUUUAUAUCAGAAUUUAGGAUCUAGGGUUUUUGUAUAGAUAACAGUUUGUUUGGAAUUGAAGAAGAGAAACUGAGGGAGAGAAAGCAAAAUUAAGAUAAUCCCUUUUAGCUUUUGGGAAGAAUUGGCAGAAUACAUUUUCUAUAAUCAAAGAUUAUCUAGGAUAGACAAUAUAAUGAGUGCAGAGGGCUGCAUAUAAAAAGUAUCAUUUUCUCAGGAUAAAUUACAGUAGAUUAUUUCCAAGAAUUUUUUAAAUCAUUGUAAUUUAUAUUAGGUCUUAUAUAUUUGUCCCUAGAGAUGACAUUCUUUCCAAGACUGCCUCCUAUAUAUAUAUAAAACUAGAAAAUGAAUUAAAUGUUGAAAUAUUUAUAUCUAGAUCCCACUUGUCCCUAAUUUUAUUCACCUAGUAAAUAAGUGACCAGGGGCCUAAACAUCAGCAAAAGCUGUUGAAUUAGACCUUCAGCAGUAACAGUAGGUAGUUUUCAUAGGUUAGUCAGCAAAUAUUUAAUGCACACUUCCCUAUUAAGUUAUCAGUGUCUUAAAAAAUCUGUUCAUUUUUUCUAAUGAAAGAAUUUAGAUCAAAACAUUAGUGUUCUCACAAUCAUUUACACUAGCUAUCAUUUAAUAAUGAUUGAAUUCAAAGCAAUAAGCAUUCAAUCAUCGUCAGUACAUGUUAGGAAAUAAAUAUAUGAAUUUUAGAAGAGGAACAUACUAGCAAAGAAUACCAAAGGAGGGUAGAAAGAAAGAGCUUUCUAGAAGAGAGGCAGCCAGCCCCAAGUCCCCCAGUUGUUUGUUUAUAGUUGCUGGAGAAUAGAAAAAUGACAUGACAUAGAGGAAGUAGUAUAAACUUUGGAAUCAGACCUGUUUGAACUUCACAGCCAUAUUUAACCAAUCUGUGACUUUGGCAAGUCAUUAAAUCUGAGCCUCAUUUUUUUAAUCUAUAAAAAUGAGGAUAGUGAUAUUACUUCAUUGGGUUGUGUUGAUUAAAUGUGAUUGUAUCCAGAAUGAAGAUCAGAAAGAAAAAAGAAUGAAAACAUAACAGAGUAUAAAACCAUUAAGCACUCUAAUGUACUUGUAAUGGGAAUAUCAGAGAAAGAAAGGAGCAGAAAAAAAUAUUCCAAUAAAUAAUGGCUGUAAACACCCCAAAUUUGAUAAGAAACAUUAUCUACACAUCCAAGAGAUCGCAA